AUGACAACUACCAUGACCACAGCUCCUUCUCAUGUACAUGAAACUAGUCAGGGUUCAACUCCAAGCACCAAUAAUGGUAGUCCUUUAAUACCAUCAAACACACCUUCAAAAGCAGCUGUGAUACACAAGCUGGGUCGGAAUCUGGAAUUCCACCAGUUGAUUAAAGAAUUUCAGAGUAAAUUGGGUCCUAAAUGGGAUAGAUAUUCUGAGAUAUUGAGUGCUUAUUUGAUAGGGAAAUUAAGCCGUACUGAACUUUUACAUAGUUUAAAGCCCAUUUUGAAUAGUCAACAGACUUACAGAUUGCAUAAUAAAUUACUUUUAUUGAAUUUGGCCAAUUCCAUAAAUGGUAAUAGUCCUGCUAACAAUUCAUCAAAUGAAAUUACCCCUGAAUUUUCAAUCUUUUGGAAUAGGCGACAACAGAAUAAAUUAAAGAAUGUUAGAUCUUCACAAUAUGAAAAGUUUAAACAGAAUAUCAUGGGACUUUCAAUUAGAGAAAGAAGAAGAAUAAAAAAUAUUAUACGAGAUGGUGGGAAGAAGGGGAAAUUAAAUGCAUUUAUUACUCUUACAAGACAUUCGUUACUUCCUAAAAUCCCCAUGAUUCAAGACAAGGAUCAACAACUGCUUCAAAUCAGUAAUAUAGUUCAAUGGCAACAGGAUGUUGUUAAUGGUAUUAAUGCACCUAUAGCUACUGACAACUAUGAACUACCUGACUACGACUUACUUCUGAGACGAAUUCUCAUGACAAUGCGUGAACAUGGUCUUACUGGUGGAUUGAACCCUCAAGUGUUAGAGAUGGUGAUGUUAGGGCUCGAAUCACAUUUGAAAAACGUGAUGGAGUCCGCCAUAGAUACAAUACGAUACAGGGAAACCAUGUAUGCCAAGAAUGAUAUUCUUCCUACAACCAAUAAUGAUUUAGAAAAGAAUGGAAAUUCAGAAGAUAGAAAUUCAGCAGGAAUUGAUUUGGACGUUCCAAAAUCUUCAAAGAAACCAAGAAUAGCCUUAUGCAUUGAAGAUAUGUAUGAUACUUUUGAGAUGUUUCCAUAUUUGAUUGAGCCACUGGGCCCAAAGUUAAGAUUAAGUAGCGUUAUGCUUGCUAAUGAAGACCAGAAGGAUUUGGAUGAAAUAGAUUAUACCCUCCCUCCUAAACCUGCAUCAUUACUUCUUGAAAAUGGAACCACUAGUGGGAUAAAGCUGGAAGAUAAAAAGCCUGGUGACACCAAUGGGAUCGCAAGGCCAAAUGAACAUAUUGGAACUACAGAUGAGUUAAAGUGGGUUUUACAUGACUUGGUAUCUACUAUGUAA